CAGUUCCGGGUGUUCUGGCUACAUUGAAGUUGUCGGGCUGGUGAAAUGGAUUUAUGAAGUACAGUUCGCUGCUCUUCGUAUUUACAGACAGUAACUUUUAGUUUAGUAGAAGUUUGAGUUUGUGCGCGUGCACCAACGAAGGCCUUUUUUGUUUUGUGUGUCUUGUUGUGAUGAUCGAACACAGCUAGCUUAAAGCUGGCGGUUUUACAUUGGUCUCGUUCACUUUGAGGACGGGCGUAACCUGGGCGGGCGGUGCGCUCUUGUCCUCUUAAGCAUGAAAAGAGGAAUCAGGAGGUUCCCACCCGCUCGGUCGAUACGACACCAGAGCAGAAUGAUGAAGUACAUCCUGGUAACCGGAGGAGUCAUCUCGGGCAUCGGCAAAGGCAUCAUUGCGAGCAGCGUGGGCACAAUCCUGAAGUCCUGCGGCCUGCAUGUGACCGCCAUCAAGAUCGACCCGUACAUCAACAUAGACGCGGGCACAUUUUCACCCUAUGAGCACGGGGAAGUGUUUGUGCUGGAUGACGGUGGUGAGGUGGACUUGGAUCUGGGGAACUACGAACGCUUCCUCGACAUCCGGCUGACCAGAGACAACAACUUGACCACCGGCAAGAUCUAUCAGUCGGUCAUCAACAAAGAGAGGAGGGGAGACUACCUGGGGAAGACUGUGCAGGUGGUGCCACACAUUACAGAUGCCAUCCAGGAAUGGGUUGUGAAACAGGCCAAAGUGCCAGUUGAUGACGACGAUGUAGAACCUCAAGUGUGUGUAAUAGAGUUAGGAGGCACUGUUGGCGACAUCGAGAGUAUGCCUUUCAUCGAGGCCUUCAGGCAGUUCCAGUUCAAAGUGAAGAGGGAGAACUUCUGCAACAUUCACGUCAGUUUGAUACCACAGCCCAGUGCAACGGGGGAGCAAAAGACCAAACCAACACAGAACAGCGUCAGAGAGCUGAGAGGACUGGGUUUGUCCCCUGAUCUGAUCAUGUGUCGCUGCUCCACCGCUCUGGAGAACUCGGUCAAAGAGAAGAUCUCCAUGUUCUGCCACGUAGAACCUGAACAGGUCAUCUGUGUGCACGACGUGUCGUCCAUCUACAAAGUGCCGUUGCUGCUGGAGAAACAGGGUGUGGUGGGCUACCUCAGCAGGAGGCUGGACAUGCCCAUAGGGACUCGGCCCAGGAGAAUGCUGACCAAGUGGAAGGAGAUGUCAGACAGGUCAGACAGACUGCUGGAGCACUGCUCGAUAGCUCUGGUCGGGAAGUACACAAAGUUUUCCGACUCCUAUGCUUCUGUCAUCAAGGCGCUGGAGCACUCGGCCCUGGCCAUUAGCCAUAAAUUGGAGGUUAUGUAUAUAGACUCUGCGUCGUUGGAGCCCAGCACGCUGCAGGAUGAGCCGGUGAAAUACCACGAGGCGUGGCAGAAGCUCUGCAGCGCAGAUGGCAUCCUGGUGCCGGGAGGUUUCGGUGUCCGAGGAACCGAAGGAAAGAUUCAUGCCAUCAACUGGGCCAGGAAACAGAAAAAACCCUUCCUAGGUGUGUGUCUUGGAAUGCAGUUGGCGGUUUGUGAAUUUGCCAGGAACAUACUCGGCUGGACAGAUGCCAACUCAACUGAGUUUGACCCAGAAUCAAAGCACCCUGUGGUGAUCGACAUGCCAGAACACAACCCCGGGCAGAUGGGCGGCACUAUGAGGCUCGGGAAGAGACGGACCAUUUUCAAGACUAACAACAGCGUACUACGGAAACUUUAUGGAGAUGCAGAAUAUGUGGAUGAAAGGCACCGGCAUCGCUUUGAAGUCAAUCCGGAGCUCAAGAGUCACUUUGAAGAGAAGGGCUUCCGCUUUGUAGGUCAAGACGUGGAAGGGGAGAGGAUGGAGGUCAUAGAGCUCGACGAUCAUCCAUACUUUGUCGGAGUGCAGUAUCACCCCGAGUUCACCUCUCGCCCCAUUAAGCCAUCACCCCCUUACCUUGGUUUGCUGCUGGCUGCAGCCGGCAAGCUGCAGAGCUACUUACAGAAGGGCUGCCGUCUGUCUCCACGGGAUACAUACAGCGAUCGGAGUGGCAGCAGCACCCCAGACUUGGAGAUAUCAGAGUUGAAAUUGCUUUCCAUCUCCAAUGAAUGACUUGAGUUACACAAUACUUGUAGAAAUGAGUUUCACAAGGCUGUUUCAUUUACCGCCAGAUACCAAAGUCUCAAUGUUGUCACUUGGUGCUUUUUGAAUUAGUUUGCCCAAUAUCAAAUGUGCCUCAGGGCUUUACAAUUAGUUGGUUAAAGUUAUCUACAGCAGAAAAUAUGGAAACAUUUACACCAAAGUACUGGUUCUCAAUCAAGUACCAAUAAGUUUAUGAAAUCAGAUCGUUUCACAGUAAAUCUGAGAAACAAUUCUCUAGUUUAAAGCACUUUGCUGAAAUUUUUUUUGCGUUGUACCAGUGUGGCCUUAUUUUGAAGGUGUAUGAACUAAGCAAUUUGAUUUUUCCUUUUAUCGAGAAGGGAAAUCUCAUUUUAAUGAGUGUGUUGUGUAAGACAUUGGAGGCUUAUAAGAUUGCCGUUUCCUAUCUAAAUGUGCUUAUGUGAAUAAAUACCAGGAUCUCAAAA